CUCCUCCCGCUUCGUCGCCGUUGUCGCCGCCGCCGCCGUUUUCUUCUUCUUUUGUCUCCGGGCUUGCGUCAAAUUCCUGAAGGCCAUUAUUCCCACUGGUCAUAUCUAAUGUCGCGGGCGCGCCAAUGCUGCUCACUCCCACGUCUGCCUCUACUUGCUAUCCGGCCUCGUCCCGCCUCCAUCGCCCCCUCUCCUGAUCGCAAGUUUCGAAGUGGGGGGUCUCCCAAGCUUGGCCCGGAAUUAGUCGCUUGUCAUCGCGCCCCUCUCGCACUCCGCUCAUGCUUCCAUUCCUCGACGAACCGACCCCAAGUCCCUGUCCGUAAUAGCCGGACCGUCGAUCCCAACAUGGAACCCCCAAAGCCUCCUACAAAUAACACAUCCGGCGUUGACAAUCGCAUCCGCCCCAACGGCUCACCUGCUAUUAUCCCAUCUGAGGAGAAGCCGUCAUGGAGGCCGUAUAAAGGCCGUUGGAGAUCGAGGAAGGCGAACCGUAAAGGCACCGACGAACUCGAUACGACGACACCGGAAAGUGCUACAGCUCCUAGCGCGCGGUCAUGGCGACCACGACGAAACAAACAAUUCGCUGAGAGGAGAGUGCAGGAAGAAAGGAAUCUACAAGCAUCACAGCCUGUCAAUACAGCAUCUUAUACACAGGGUAAUCCGACUCAAGCCGGUCCUUUGAAUUUCGAAAACUUCAGUCCGGCUCCAACGUUUCCAGGGUUCCCGGGUGGCAUGGCCAUGCCAAACGAGACUGGCCUAGGCUUUCAGCAGCCUUUUUUGCAGCUUCCAUGGGAGCAGCAGCAAUUAUUACCCCAGCAUCCUCUGGGCCAAUCCGCACAUAAUCCUCUCAAUUUCCCUACAUGGAAUGAUCCCGGCGCCUUUGCCGCUCAAUUCCCUCCCAUGCCGCCACCCGCAUUCAUGAACUUUGCCCUUACAAAUCCAUUGAUGGCAAUGCCCUUACUCGGCCCUAUGGCCUUCCAAGCAGCCGGCUCUGCCAAUACGCCCAGCCCCCUUCCAGAGUCUCCCUCAGCUGAACAGCGUGCAGGAGAAGCGAGACGGGAAGCUGCUAAGGGGUACAGAGACAGGGUUCGGACGGUUAAAGCCGACAAUCGUAGGAGUCCUCGUUCUGAGUCACCCGAGGUUACGGUGGAACUGAAAAGACCCAUGCCAACAAAGGCCUAUCUCGAUCAGUCGUCUCAACCGCCCAAACGAAACUUCUGGUCGCAGCCUCUUCUGGUCAUCCUCGACUUGAAUGGUACACUUGUCCACCGGAAAGACCGUUCGCUGCCGCCCCGAUUCCAGAGAAGGGCGGGAUUGGAGGAUUUUCUAAAGACCCUGUUGAAGAAGUAUAAAGUCAUGGUCUGGUCGAGUGCCCGGCCCCCCACCGUUGACGGCAUCUGCCGACAGCUCUUUUUGAGCAAGAGCCGCAAACGAGUCGUUGCAGAAUGGAGCCGAACCCACUUCAAGCUACACAAGAAGCAAUACAAUGCCAAAAUUCAGGUCUACAAAACCCUGGACACGGUAUGGGCCGAUGAAGGCGUACAGGCUUCGUAUCCUAGCCUCCGCGCUCCGAAUAUCUCAGUGCCCGAUACUUUCCAAAAGACUCGCUGGGACCAGACCAAUACUAUUCUAAUCGACGACAGCAUCAUCAAAGCGAGCAGCGAACCACACAAUCUCCUCGAGAUCCCAACAUUCGAUGAAUCUGCAGGCCCGGAGGACACUACUACUUUGGUUAAGGUCUUGAGGAUUCUCGAGGAACUGGCCAAACACGACGACGUCAGUCAGGUACUCCACCACUGGCAACGUACCAUUUCCAAGGGGUCCAGCAUUCUCGACCUCGAGUUUGAACAUGAACCUCAACCGUACGGCCCACCCACCUUGGCUGAGGUCACCGAAGCCCGCAAGCAACAGCGCAAAGCCCGGAAACGUGCAAGGGCUGCGGAAAAACGCAGGGGGGCUAAGAUCAACGAGAUAGGAGAGCAUCUGGCCGCAAAGACAGAAGUGCCUCCCACCACCCUCCCGACCACCACCACCAUCAUUUCCGCAGAAACUGCAACAGCCGAAACUGACACCACUCCCGCGCACGUUUCUACUUUCUCCUCUCGUCCUCCGUCCCCCGCAUCUUCAAUUUCCUUGCCCGAUUCGAUCGCCGGUGGCACCACCGUCCCUGCUGGGCUCGAAGAAACCAAUACCACCACCCACAGCAGUGAUUCAACCAACCGCUCACCAUCUCCCGCCCCAUCCACUCAAUCCGAGAACUUCCUUCUCGACCGGCUAGAGGAGUCAUUGAAGAACGUCUAAGCGAUUGAUACUACAUUACUCUGACUGCUAUCUUAUCCCUUCUUAUUUGGUUUUGUCAGAUAUUCUGAUUUGGAGUACAUAUCAUUCGUCUGGGUAUUUAUUUGACUUGUUUGGGGUCGGAAUUUUUGGGAUGGGGGUGGGAUACUGGUGUAUUUAUGGCAGGAGUGAUAUGUAUAUAGGCGGUGUUCUAUGUAAGGAUUGAGAUCGCGGGGUUGGGGUUCUGGAACAAGAGCAACGAAGCCGGUCCGGUACUGGCUGGUUGCGAUAUGCAUUAGGUUGGUUGGACUACUAUGGGCACUGAGCAUAUGGGGCAUGUGGAGUCAUGGACGCAUUUAGAUAAGAGAACUUGCGAUAGACUGCUUAAUUAACGGAUACAACAGUUACGAGGUAUUGUUACAUCAAGG